AUGGGACUGAAAGACCACUUCCUCGCGCCGCUCUUGCUCUCACGAAACCCAGAGACAAACGACCGGAGAACCUUCUUCAAGAAUGAAGCAGCUAUGGCCGAGGCCAUAAACCAGUGGGAAGAUGAUGGGACUGGCCCCUGGAGCAAAUAUGGAUGCGAGCUCACAAUCGGUUGGUUCAAAUCUGACACGAUAACUUCAAGCGCUGAAUUUAAAGCACUGCCGAAAUCCAGACAAGAAUUCAUGAGCCGUAAAUCCAUCCCUCACUACGAGAUUGUCGCGGGAUUCCCGAUCCAUCUCCUUUUCCCGGGCAUGUUGUCAGAUUAUAGCUACACCUGUUUAGCUGUCUUCCUGAUGAAUGUACAAUCGGUCGGCGAAGUCCGACUUCAAUCGUCGAACCCGGAUGACCCACUUCUCUUCGACCCGAAGAUUCUAUCGCACCCAUUUGACCAGUGCGCUCUGAUUGAUAUGUAUGGUCAUCUGCUGGAGAUCUCGAAACAUCCUUCCUUCGCAAAGGAUACGUUGGCCACGGUUUUGGGACCGAAGUCCGAGUCCGAUGAGGAUAUUUUGCAAUUUUGGAAGGAGAGUGUGUCUUCUUCAUGGCACAUUAUGGGUACGGUCAAGAUGGGUAAAGUUGGAGAUGAUGACGCUGCGGUUGAUAGUGGGUUCCAUGUCAUGGGCCUUGAGGGUCUCCGCGUGGCUGAUAUGAGUGUUGUGCCUGUUCUAACCAAUAACCGUACCCAGGCCACGGCGUAUGUUACUGGUGCGACGUGUGCAGAUGUUUUGAUUAGGGAAUAUGGAUUGGAGCAGUAA